AUGAACUUGAAAAAAGGGCAACUUGACAAGUGGUUUUGGAUAGGUGGUUUGUUUUUGCUGGUUUGGAUCGAGUUGUUAAGGCACGAAUUGAUCGGAAAAAGAAUAACGACUGCUGUGGUAAAAUUUAUUGUUGGUUUACAACAUUACAAAGAAGGCAAUUGGAAGUACAUACAAAAUAGCAAAUGGUCGUGUAGAACUUUAGGACGAUUUCAAUAA